CAAUCAUCAUCGAUGCAGAAUUUCAAUACUCAAUUAGGAACUUCACACAUUCUCUCAUCAUUUCAUACCAUGCUGUAUAAAUAGCAAUUCCCAUAACUUCAAUAUACACGUCACCUUGUUCAUCUCUUCGAUCAUCAAUCACCAAAUAUGUCUGAUAUCUCGGAAUAUUCUCAUUCAUCGAAUGCAGGCACGAGAAAGAAGAGGAGCAGAAGCAAAAAAAGGUUCAGCGAUGGACAGGUGAAAUCACUGGAAUCCAUGUUUGAGACAGACUCGAGACUUGAACCAGCAAAGAAAUUGGAGGUGGCGAGAGAACUUGGCUUGCAACCAAGACAAGUUGCAAUAUGGUUUCAGAACAAGAGAGCUCGAUGGAAGUUCAAGCAGGUUCAGCGAGACUACACAACACUUCGGGCCAAUUAUAAGACGUUGGAUUCACAGUUUCAUGCUCUCAACAAAGAGUACCAAUCAAUGUUAAUACAGUUGCAGGAUCUGAAAAAUCGAUUACAGAAGCCACUAGAACAAACUGAGAGUUGCAGUACGGGACACAAAGCAGCAAACAGCAUGGAGAGUGAAACUGGAAAUGGAGAAACCAUCAAAAGAGAACAGGAGAUAAAGCAGCCAAGGAUGACAACAGGAAAAUCAGAAGACAUUGUUUGUGGUAUUAUCUCCGACUGUGACAGAAGCAUAAAGGCAAAACAAUACUUUGGUGUGGAAGAUGAAGCUUCUCUUCUGAACUUUGUCGAGAACACUGAUGGUUCUUUGACAACAUCAGAACAUUGGGGUUUGCUAGAAUCAGAUGAUUUCAUGGGCCAAUUAACCAGCUGUGAUUACCAAUGGUGGGACUUCUGGUCCUGAGAACAGCAUAACCAAAUCAUUUAAUGCAUGUUGCCUUAUGAUAAAGACCGAAUCAGAAAAUCACGUUAAGCGGCUUGUAUGCACUUUUAUACUUCUAUAUGUCUAAAAUUCAAUUUGUCCACCGUUAACUUAUUCCAAUCAGUGAAGUUAAAUAUA